UCGUCUCGACGCACCGCCGGUCAGUUCGAGCGGUUGUAUUCGAUACGAAAGCGUCGCGACGCUCGAAUACAAAAGGGUAUCAAUUACGACGACGACGUGGCGGACCGCCUUCUUGACGAAGUGGGAGCAGCCAAUCUGAAAGAGAAGUCGUUAAGUCCAGAGCCUACGGGUUCUGAAAUAUUCCCUCUGUCAAAACACUGGCUUCUGAAGCUAUUAACGCGUGCCGCGCGGCUUUGAUGGUUUACCUCGUUUUGGACAAUACCGGCGAUAACGUGCCGACAAUGGGUUUACUGCUACGGUAGCGCGAAUGCAACCCCUGCUCGCACGACAUUUUAUUCAUUUAAUGGUGAUCUGUGAUAUUAUUAGACGAUGUGUCGCGAAAUACGGUGAUAACGGUGAUUAUGGAAGACAAUUGCACGAUGCGACCUUGUGCUACGGACUUUAGUAUUGCGGCGAUCAUGUCAAGGCAUGGCAGGGCUAGAAGCGGCUGUAGGGAAAGAGAUCCAGCCGCUGAUUCUCCUAUAGAUAAAUUUUUAGAUGCCUCGUCUACUUCAGUACCUUCACCCCCUGAGGCGGGUAACCUCAGUUGUAUAUCGAUAGCAACAGAUGUAGAAAGUGGACGGGACUCACCGGUCGACGUAUCUUCGACUUCUGAAUCAAGUACUCCCACUCAAUCACAUAGAGAAACUAGAUCACCGACGAAAAAUCCCUUACUACAAGAAAAAUGGACAAGCGAAGACUUACGACAUGUAACCUGUCAUCUAGAAACAAAGGACUUAUGGGACAAAUUUAACGAAUUAGGAACAGAAAUGAUCAUUACAAAAACUGGCAGGCGAAUGUUUCCAACAGUCCGAGUAUCAUUCACUGGUAUACGACCAGAACAAAAGUACGCAGUACUUAUGGAUAUAGUUCCAGUUGACAAUAAAAGGUAUAGAUACGCCUAUCAUCGAUCCUCCUGGCUAGUAGCUGGAAAAGCUGAUCCCCCUGCCCCUUGUAGAAUAUACCCUCAUCCAGAUUCACCGUACAGUGGAGAACAGCUCAGGAAACAAGUGGUUUCUUUUGAAAAAGUGAAACUAACUAAUAACGAAAUGGAUAAGCAUGGGCAAGUAAGUUGUAUCUUCAUUAUCUGUUUUUCAUAUUUCAUUUUGAGUAACUUUUUAUUUUCUUUUCAGUUAGUACUAAAUUCAAUGCAUAAAUAUCAACCGCGAAUUCAUUUGGUAAAGCGACCAGAGGGCAGUUCAGGGAACGUAAACGAUUUGGAAAACGAAGAGUACAAAACUUUUAUAUUUCCUGAGACAAUCUUCACUGCGGUUACAGCUUAUCAAAAUCAACUGAUAACGAAACUGAAGAUUGACAGCAACCCAUUUGCCAAAGGUUUCAGAGAUUCAUCUAGACUGACAGAAUUCGAGAGGGAAACCAUGGAAUCAAUGCUGGCGGAACAGCAUUAUUUCCGCUCACCUCUUCGACCUUUUACCGAAAUCGAUACACACAACAACAAUCUCUCCUUGGAAGAGAAGGCAAUCUUAACCGCAAGAUCGCAGCUAUUUCUCAGAGCAGCAGCGGCAGCAGCUGGACCAUACGCUCCUCUGAUGGGGAGCCUCUAUGGGGCUGGUGCCUCCCAAAGUCCCCCAAUGAAUCCGGUGGUGCUAUGGAACCAAUGGGCCGGACUCGGACCGUCAAUUUUAGCUGCGCAACAUCAGCACCAAUUGGCUGUUGCUGCAGCCAGUACGUCGCACCUCAAUCAACAAAUGGCUGGUGCUAUGUCGACUUUAGCUAGGCCGCUUGCGCAGCAUCGAUUUAGUCCUUAUGCUCCUCCGACUAGGGCUAGUCCUGAUACAAACUUGAGAGAGGAUAGAAGUAGUCCUAGUAGUCCGACCUAACCGACACUUCCUGAUGUCGUUUAUAUUCCAGGAUCUGCUCCCACGGCGCCUCAACCCUAAGACAACUUGUAACUUAUUCUUGUGUCAGGAAAAUGUAAACACUAUAUUAUACACGUUAGGCCAACAAAGAUCUUCGGUGCAGUGUCUCCUACUCUACUAGUCUGAUCUACAUAGGCUACAAGGCUGAGACGUACGGCCUAUUGCAAUUCCUCUGCCUAAAUGAGAAAUCGAUGAAGUGUUUUUUAUUCUCUCUUUAAAUUAAGGUUUUGCCUAUGAAUUUCUGUUGUAUGUUAACAAGUAUGUAUUACGGCACCUAAGAAAGAGAUUUGUCUAGCGUGUGUAACGGAUUAAGUUUUGUGAAAAAAACUGCUUACGUGUAAAUAAGUUUAUUUCCGAAUAAAAGGCUGCAAGUCUACCGUAAAAUCACAACGAUGUCAACUCUGUUAAAUUAAAUUAAAUUUAAAAAACUAACAUUGUAACCCUUUAAAAGCAGUUACGAUUUUAGCAGUUCUUGUACAUAUGGUUCCAAACGCCCUUGUUUUUGUAUAUAUUGUACUUUCAGGCUUUGUUAAUUGUAUAUGUUUAUAAAUCAAUAAAGUAUUACCUCGCUUUAUUUUUA